AUGCCAGUGGAGGAGAAGAAGAGCCUCAAAGAGCGGCUACAAGCCGUCCAGGAAGCCACGGCUACCGUUCAGAAUGUUCUCGGAGAAGUGGCAUCGCUUGGAGAAAGAAUCAACAACACGUUUAACUUCAGCGUGCCUCAGCUGUCCUGGUUGGCCAUCAUCGUGUUGCUAUUGGUCACGUGCAUCCUCUACUACGUGCCCAUUCGCUACGUCGUCAUGGCCUGGGGGAUAAACAAGUUCACCAAGAAACUACGCAGUCCCGACGUGGUUCCAAACAACGAAGUGAUGGACUUCCUGAGUCGCGUGCCCGACAAUGAGGAAAAGGUGAUGUACCGCGAGCUCCGGCCGGCGCCCAGCGCGGCCCUGGAGGCCGAGCGCAAGAAGAAGAAGAAAAUCAGCUGAUCGUGGGCGGCCGCCCGACGCCAGGGCUGCUCGCUCAACGUGUUUCGCAUCAAGGACAACGAAGCCCUGCGCCGGCGCCUGCAGCUGCCGCGCUGGCCGUUCGGCAUGCCUUCCAGAUGACGCUGGUUUCGUCACUCGCCGUUCACCAAACGGUGGCCGCCUCACUGCGGCCACAGUCCCCCCACACAGUGUGAUGCACCCUGGUUUUUAUUCCUGUGUCGUCUACGUCAUCGCAUUCAUCUCUCUAGUGUCCUGCUCUCUCUCCCUCUCGUGCGAGAACAGUGUCCAUUAAGCCGGUUGUUCCGUCGCGGAAUAAGCGGCGCACAGUUGAGCGUUGUUAAAUGAAUCAAAGAAAUGACACUUUAGCAAUGGCAUAGCGAAGCAAGAAGGACGUUUACAGGAGGAAAUUAAGCGUUAUCAGACGACUGUGGUUUCUUCGAGAUAUAGCUUUCCUGGAGAUAUGUAGCCUAUGGUCGUCUUUUACGCGGCUCUUGAGUAGAUCAUAGUGUCUGCAUGUGGCCAGUGGGCUACAAUCUGUGUGUGGUUCAGGUCAAUUUGAACACCGUGUAAAACCUGUACUGAGCUGUAUUGUAUUCUGUAAAAACUGCGCGAAAAACGUGGACAAAGGGAGAAACGGACGACACAAGCGCAUAUAGUCGACACAAGCGCUUAGUCGGCUUGUAUUGUGAGUUAUUAGGUGUGAACCACGGGGCACUGCGUGGCAAUGCCUCGUAUUUUUUACAAACUGCCAGUAGACUCACGUUUCCCUAGCGAUCGUCUCGCGAAAUUCACAUUUGCCUGCGGAUUCACGUCACUUUCGAGCAUUUCGCAAAACUCGCUGAACUGAGAAAAUCGUAGUGUGACCAUUCCAUUCCAACAGCCAAACUUCUUGCCAUUUCAAGAGAGAGCACGUCUCCAGACAGCGUCGCGUGUACGAAAACCGAGAGUGCUCGAUCUUAAUCAGCUUGUUUUCUUUCUUUGUCUCGCGAAGUACUAGAUUGAGCUCGCCGCCUGAUGGUACACCUUCGCGAUGCCGGUGGCUCUGUUGUUGAUAAUACCAUGCUGUUUGUUAUUGUUGCUGCAACUAGAAGGUCCGGUGUUCAAUGAUUAAUGCAUUGUUGUUCCGCGUGGUCUCGAGCUAUAGCUUGCAAACGACAACCGUGCGAAGGCUCUCGUUUUGAACUGUCAAGACCUUAUUGAACAAACUUCCGCUCUCUAGACAGGUCAUGCUUCAACCACCGAAAUAUGUUCGAACUAGCUUGGGGCGAUCUCGCUGUCCGUGCUGUUUCAGUGAUAAAUGUCCCGUGCCAGGAAUGUGCGUCUCAUCUAAACGAGUUCUGACGGUGCUGCAUAGAUGUUUAAUUGCUUUGAACUCGAUGCAAUCUUCGAUACGUCUUCGCUGCCCGCUUGAGGCGUUCAUCCUAUCCAGACUUCGUUGUAUGAAUAUGGUCAGAUAUAUGAUAAAUGCUUGACUACGUCCGCAGUUGAAUCUUAUAUGUGGCGUUUACAUAAAUGUCCGAAGUUAGAGGGAACAUGUUGUGGCUGCCAACGAAGUUCCAAAUACACUGUUAAAUUCGUAUUGUAUGCAUAAAUAUUUGUGAAUAGUAAAACAUUCAAAGCUAAACGCAAUGCAUGUUGCCUUUAGCAACGUUGUCUCGAUGAAACCCUUUUGAUGGUUCCAUAGUUUCGGUUUCAUAGGAGGCCAUGCGUUCGUGCCUGGAGUUUGUGCGAAAUGAUGCCCAGAUUUCUUGAUGUUCUGUGCGUUGUUUCGUAAGUGUUUUCUCUGAAAGCAUGCAUUAUGCUUAUUGUUUUUGUACAGAACAACGCGCUCUUCUGUAUAUGCAAACAUGUAAGCCAUGUAAAAAAAGAACUGUCUUGGAGAAGCGCUUUCAUGCGCUUGUUUUACAUGAGUACGUAUUCCACGUUCUGCACGGUGCCAAAGAUGUUACAGCACUCAUAAUCACCCCACCACCAAUUUGUUGUGGAGCCUUUGCAUUGCUUAUUUUUUCAUGUACCUAAUUUCGCCUUUUAGUGCUUGAGCUAUGUCGAAAGCUGCGCGUUGGCAAAAAUUAUUUGAGAUGUUAUCGCCGUGGCAUCUCAAAGUGUCGAUUUCAACAAUCUGUUGCCUGCAGGCCGCUCCUAUUUGUCAUUUUUUUUCAUUUGUGCUUCUAAUGUGAAAGAAAAAAUUGAAGCGCUCGCUACAUGCCCGGAUACUUCGUUCUCUACUACGCGACGAGUCUCAUUUACUUUGUCAGAAACCGGCUUUGAAGAAAAUCUCGUGCGCCGAGAACUAUCAGCGACAGAACAUUGUGCCACGCCCACCUUUGCCGACGCAGACAUUCUUCGUAUGCGCGUGUCCUUGCGUGAGAGAGCAUCACAACGUGAUGCUUGUAUACACAAGCUUCUACGCGUGAAAAAACAAUUCACGCUUUGUAAAGUAUCGUAAUCAUCAGCAAGCUGAGGGUGAUCGACCGUAGAGGCGGCUCAUAAUAUCGCUGCUGCAAGCGCCCAUCGAAACUUUAAAUAUAAAUGUACGCAGUUAUUUAUUCUCCUCACUAGAAGUAACACAAAGACGGCGUUUCAGUUCUUUUGACGAAAAUGUUUCCAUCACUGCUUGCCCAUCCUAAGCUGUGGGUCGUAAAACACGCUGCGUUUAUUUAACACUGUUGCGGGUAAUGGGCAAAUGCUAUAGCAUACGGACACUCGACACAUUCGAGCCGCACUUUCGAAGCUGUCCAAGCCAUUUUCGCGCACUAGACCAUGCUGGUUUAUGGUUGUUUAAUCGCUUUUACGUUCUACUUCUGACUUUCUGACUGCAUACUUGAGGAAACAAAGAUCCCUUCUUACAGCGCAUGCCUAAAGAUUGUUAUCAUUCUGCCAGAACCAUCACAAUGUUCACAUAAUAGUGAUCACUCGUGGAAUUGCUUAUGCAUCGCUCACAGGGAUCAUAUGUGUUCAUUCGUGUCCGUGUUGCCAAGCUACUUUUGUAGUUUUCUGAACCGUUAGCCCCAAGAUUUGAACGUUCGAAAGGAAAACCAAAUGCUAAUGUAAUAAAAGUCAUGGGUGUCAGUCACUAAACAAUGUUGAAGACGAUAUUGUGAAGAUUGCAAAGGUGGGCGUGGUAAUCUCGUUGCGUUGCCUUCCGUUUCACUGAUCUCGCUUGAAUUCGCGCAGCCACCCUACUCUUAUUUAACGCUCGUUUAAAAAGUAGUUGGCGGCUGCCUUCCUCGCACUGCGACUAGAACUGCAUCGCUACAGCUUUCCCUCGUUGGAAAGCAACGCAUGUCGACAGUGGUCUAGUCCACGCCUGCAGUAUCUGCAGUAGGAUUAUGAUACCUCGUCAGCAGACAACCUCUUUUAUCUUAGCUCUCCUUAUCGGAUGUCGUGGGGCAAUCGUGUGAUGUCUGCGUAGAAUCUAGUCGGAAGAUUCAAUGUGUCCACGGGGCGUUAUCACUAAGAAUCUUCAUCUGCCAAUGUACCUCAGAGGCAUUAAAUCUCAUGUUUGAUUUAACGUACUUUUGAUAGUGUAGUCUUUCUUGUUUUUUUUUUUCGGGACGCACGCUGCAUAUUGGAGGAGCACUGAUUCUAGAACUAAUUCGGCAGUGUUGAUCGGCCCCUAAGCCUAGGGCUACUAGAUAGAACGACGCCGGAUCACGAUACCACUUAUACAGCCACGCCUACAAUGUUUGCAUAGGGCAUGAGGCUGGCUUGUUGUUCAGUUGCGUUCGUAUGAGUUGUGGCUACUGGUUAGAGUAUGAAGUAAAAAGAUUACAUAUGUUUUUUCCAAGGCCUCGCUAAUGGUUUUUUUUAUAUUGUAUAAGAUAUUGCCUCUCUCGUUGUAUUGCAAGCACAAAUAUCUUAGAGAGCUCGGUGCAUUAAAGACUCUCAAACACGAUGCCCUUUGCAGUACUGUAUGCAACCCAUGUGAUAUAUGCUAAGUACUGAAUUCACGUUUUCCUUCGCUUUUCUACGUCUCGAAGGGCCCUUUCUGAAAGAAACCGUGGCUCUUAACACAUAGUAGUGCGAUGCCCACGAGCAGCCAUAGCCUGUAUUUACUACCGCAUGCGUUAUAUAAGUUUGAGGUUGUCGUCCUAUGUCUCUGCCUGUGGAUGACGUAAUUGGCAGUGAGUUGAAUGUUGCCCCGGGCGCCCCUUUUCAAAACACAGAAAAUUUCUAAGGAUUCAUAGAACGAAAUUCAAAGAGAUCCCAUUUGCAGCUUUCGUCCCGUACGAUGGUAUACACAAGGGCAUUUGAUGGUCGCAGGAGAGUGGAAGCCUGUGAAAUACUGUGUAUACAUCUGUGAAUACAACACACUGUCGCCCAGAGCUAAUCGGACACUUUUCUUUUUUGUACUUAAGACAACAGCUGUGAGCCACUGAUUUCACCGCUUUUUUUCCCCCUCUCUCUUCAACUUUCUCACCGUUGAGGCUGUUCAUCGUUCGCCCCUCCGCCAUUGCUCCAGCAAGACUUCACUACAGACGCUGGAUUCUAUCGAACGUGCGUGCCUUUUUUAAAACAACUAUGCGUAUGACUAUUAUUCGUGUCUGUGUGUCUUUAUGCUAUAGCGCUGCGUGAAUGUUUGCGCGUGCACGCGCGUGGUUGUGUGAAACGUGUCCACUCAAAAAGUAUAGGGCGGCUAGGAGGGAUCGUGCCGAGUUCUCCAAAUGUUUCCUCGGGUAGUUAUAACCGUACAUAUUGAAUGUUCAGACGGUGUCCCAAAUACUACGAAAAUAAGUGCAGGCUGUUUCUAUGAAAAUAAGUUAUUUCCAUGAACACAUGUGUCAGAACCUGAAUAUUAAAAUACAGUUAACGCAAUAGCGAUUUUGCAGCGACGGCUUCUUUCCUAUCUGGCUGGCGUUAUCAACUAAUUCAGAUAACAGUGGCGUAGAAUCAAUAGAAAAGGAUCGUUAUAAUAUAGCUGCCCAAGAUUCUACAGCUGUCAGGGUACUUUCAUGCUCAACUCAUCAUAAAGAAAAAUAUUUUCUAGUAAAUUAUCCGCUCACAAUCUUAAUCGGCUCGAAUUGUCACGUUGGCAGUCGUCGUGAUACGAAAAAAUAGAAAGUACGCAAUGACAGCUGUCCUGUCCUUUUGUACCGUAAUCGUAAUGAUAAACAGGUACUCGAGUAUGUUAAUUCUUUACUCCCUUUGCCGUACUUAGAGUACAAUACUGACCCCACUGAAUCGCAAGUGCACCUCGAUUGCUGGAACUGCAGCAACUGUGUUCAUCGCAGAAACUUAAAAGCAUUUCAUGAAGUAUGGAAGCAGUUGUCAGGGGCUCGACUAGGAGUAACUGAUGAACUCACAAGUUAUGCGAAGAGUGUGUGUGCCAAUACGCUGUUUCAACCAAAUGCCGUACCAACACUUUAGCGAGCUGUAAAUCUGUGAAAACGUUAAGCGAUUCAGUCCUGGUUUCACCAUAUGUGAUACUCGGAAAAAUUAGUCUACAAGUUAUUUGAAAAUCGAAGACACGUUGAGCAUGGUCCGUAGACGGGAGGGAAUGCCUAUUUGGACGUGUAUUUGUGGGAACACGAAAGGAGAUGUGAAUGUGUCGUUCAUUACACUGUUUGUUGUUCAGAUGCGCUAACCGUGUCUUCUCACUUGCUACAGAGGCAAGCUUGUCGCCUGAGGUACCGCCCUUCGUUGAUACACGACGCGGCGAUGAUGUGCUGCAGAGUCGUGUCAAUUAUGUUCCUUCUUCGCUCACUCUCGAAUGCAAGUAUAUAUGUGUUGUUAAUAGACGAGCGUGGCUUGUACAUACGGUGUAUUGCUGUUUUACAUAUCAUUAUAUUUGUGUGUGCGUGUUUACUUGUCACCAUAACUGUGUAGAUCUCGAAGAGAUUAUCUGCAUAGCGCUUAUUUUUGUUAUUUCGCUGGACGGUUUUUGUGCCGCGGGUGAGCCGCUCACGUUGUUUGUUUGCGCACUCUUGGGUGCGAGACGAAGCCACGAUCAAGUGCAUGCGGUUGUGAAAUCAUCGUCAGGCUCUUGUAAAAAAAAAAAAAAAUGCGGCUAGCCGUAUUCUCUCACGAAGACGUGUGUUGACAUUCCAGAAGAUGAAUUAAAUGCUUUUUCAUUGCAACUUG